AUGCUGCUGUCGAAUGUCCUCCAGCUACCCGUCCUGUUGGCUGCCGCUGCGCUGGCACCAGCAGCUCUUGCCGAGCAUACCAGCAACUGGGCCGUUCUCGUCGGUACCUCGCGGUUCUGGUUUAACUAUCGCCACAUGUCCAAUGUCUUGUCCAUCUACCGCACCGUCAAGCGACUAGGCAUUCCCGACUCCCAGAUCAUCCUCAUGCUGCCCGACGACAUGGCCUGCAACCCCCGCAACGCCUUCCCCGGAACUGUCUACAGCAACUCGGACCGCGCCGUCGAUCUGUACGGCGACAACAUCGAGGUCGACUACCGAGGCUAUGAAGUCACCGUCGAGAACUUUAUUCGACUCAUGACCGAUCGUGUGGGCGCCGAGAUGCCUCGCAGCAAGCGUCUCUUGACCGAUGAGCGGAGCAACAUUCUGGUGUACAUGACAGGCCACGGCGGAAAUGAGUUCCUGAAGUUUCAGGAUGCCGAGGAGAUUGGCGCGUUCGACCUGGCAGACGCUUUUGAGCAAAUGUGGGAGAAGAAGAGAUACAACGAGAUCCUCUUCAUGAUCGACACGUGCCAGGCCAACACCAUGUACAGCAAGCUCUACUCCCCGAACAUCAUCGCCACCGGCUCCUCCAAGCUUGACCAGUCAUCCUAUUCCCACCACGCCGACCAGGACGUUGGCGUUGCCGUCAUCGACCGCUUCACCUACUACAACCUCGAGUUCCUCGAGAACCAGGUCAAGGAUAUGAGCAGUCAGAAGACCAUUGGCGAGCUCUUCGACAGCUACGACUUUGAGAAGAUACACUCCCAUCCGGGCGUGCGCUACGACCUCUUCAAGGGCGGUGCCGACGAGGCGCGCAGCCGUCGCAUCACUGACUUCUUCGGCAACGUUCAGCAGGUCGAGGUUGACGGAGCUAAGAGCCUGGCACUCGAGGAGGAACUUCUCGAGCUGAGCCGCAAGAUUGCUGCGCUGAGGGUCCAGGCGGAUGAGCAGGAUGCAGCUGCGCGGAACGCGACGGCCCCGGCGGCGGCUGUACCUGUGACCGCAACCAAGAAGAUUCAGUUUGCUCAGCCGUUGACCAACGACAACUGGUGGGCCAAGAAGAUCAUCGGAGCCACCGCCUUGGCGGCAUGUGUCGGGCUCUGGGUUCUGGGGUCCUAUCUAGAGCCGUCCAGGAGUGAGAACGCAGAGGACCCAGUGGAGGCUGAGAAGAAGGAGGCGCAAAACGGAUCAGUUAAGGUGAAGGCAUAG